GGCGAGACUUUCAUUUAUUUAUGCGAACUCAGUAUACACGUCACUCUCUAAAAAUUCGUUCAUUUUAGUAUGUGCCAGAAAGAGAGCACGUAUGAAUUAGUAUGUCCAUCCUCCUAAAUUUCCUAGAACUUGUUUGGACUGAGACGCAGUUUUGUUCCCGUUAGACAGUUUUCGCCGCCAUUGUUGUGUUGUGAGUGGCCAUAUUUGUCGACCAUCUUUUAUAAACAAAAUAGGAGCCAUAGUCAUGGCGGACCAUCAAAAUAUUAUGUGUGAAGUAGAAAUUCAACCGGACAUCCAAGAAUGCGUCGAAAUAGAAGCUAUACCUGUAGAUAUGACCGACAACUGCGAUACUAUCGUAGAAUGUGGAGAACCGAUGAUGUCAAUGCAGUCUUUAGAAGGUAGAGACAUUAUUUUAGAGGCACAAGAGGAAAUUAUAGACGAUUCCGGGGAUCCUUUAAAUUUGUAUGAUGUACCUGUGCCUGACUCGUCUGAUUUGUAUGUCGAAUCUUCUCCAGGACCUUCUAAACGAAAGAAAGCCGUGAAAAACCGUGGCGUGCUCGCUCGACGCGAGAAUGAAAUUUUGCUCAGUGAAAUGCAUGUCGAAGCGAAGCCUCGAAAAUGGGAACAGAAACAAGUGCAAAUCAAAACGAUGGAAGGCGAGUUUUCCGUAACAAUGUGGGCUUCAGGAACAAGCGACGAUGAAGGUUCUAACCCUGAACCAGAUCCAGAUUACACUGAAUACAUGACUGGUAAGAAGAUACCAGUUGAUGGAAUACCUGGAUUGGAUUUGUCGGAUCCAAAACAAUUAGCUGAAUUUGCAAGACCUGGACUUAAAAGUCCUAGAGUUCGGAGACCAAAUCAAGAUACAACAGACAGAACCAUAGCUUGUCCUCAUAAAGGCUGCAAUAAAAUGUUUAGAGACAAUUCUGCAAUGAGAAAACAUUUGCACACACAUGGACCUCGUGUUCAUGUUUGUGCUGAAUGUGGAAAAGCUUUUGUAGAAUCUAGUAAGCUCAAGCGUCACCAAUUAGUACACACGGGUGAAAAACCAUUCCAAUGCACUUUUGAAGGAUGUGGGAAGAGGUUCAGUUUAGACUUUAACUUAAGAACACAUGUUCGAAUACAUACUGGAGAUAGGCCAUAUGUAUGUCCGUUCGAUGGUUGUAACAAGAAAUUUGCACAAUCAACUAACCUGAAGAGUCAUAUUUUAACUCACGCCAAAUCUAAAAAUAAAAAUAAUUUACAACGUGGUACAAAUAGCAUACAAAUGAUCCAACAACCAUACGUUAUGGAAGUGGCUGAUCCUGAUUAUAUUGUGUAUGCAGACUAGAAUUUAGGAACCAUAAAAAUCAAGAUGAAGUGUAUUUAGUUUUUGAUUACCGUCAGUCAAGUAACAUACCUCUUUAGUUUAUUAAUCGAAUUAAGGUUGGCAGGACUGUUCUUAAGCCAACUUCCAAUAGCAAGUGUACUGAGAAGUUUUUACCCAUAUUUUUUUGCGUUGUUUUCAAUUUUCAAAUAUUGGAGUACAUUUUAGGGAGAUUAAGUAUUAAAUCUUAUAAAUAUUAUAUUAGGAUGCAAAUUCUAAAAUUUAUAUCGAGGGAUAGUAAAAAUAUCCCGCAGAGUGGUAAUUCAACGUACCAAAUUGUCACGAAGUAUCAGUUUUAUGUUACGCGCAGUUACAAAAACGCAUUUUUGGGUUGGUGGAGUUCUAGGCCUGGAUCCCGCGUACCAAAAAUUUUAUAAGUUUGUCAGAAAGUGCAAUGACCUCAGUUUUUUUAAUAGUACUGAAUGAUUUACUCUAUCAAAGGCUUUUGCUAAAUCAGUGAAGAUAACAUUAACUUGAGAAUUAUUUAUGGAUGAAGCAAUAUAGUGACUGAAAAUGCACAGAAUUGUUUGAGUUGAUUUUUUGUUUAUGAAACCAUGUUGUUCUUCCAUUCAAGUUUUUGAAACAUGAGUAUUGGUACAGUCUAUUGUACAUAUUUUUUCCAAGAUUUUUGAAAGAGAAGGCAAUACUGUUAUAGGACGAUGAUGUGAUAUUAAACUCGUAUUUCCAAAUUUGUGGAUAGGAGUUAUUCUACCGGUCUUAAGCGCAUCCGGAAACGUGCUUGUCUCUAAACAUUUAUUAAAUAUCAUUUGUAGGGGAUGUAAUCCCUAAACUUCUGAAUACGCCUUAAACAGGUAAGAAGGAAUCCCAUCCACACCUAUAGCUGCACUACUUUUUAAAGACUUAAUUGCAAUAUUGAUUUCUUCAAGAGUUAUACAAUCAACACAUAAUUGUUCAAGUCCAUAUUCUUUAUAGGAGUCUGUUAUUGUUGGAUUAGUGUUAUAAUGUAUAGAUUCAAAAUAACGUGCAAAAGCAUUUGCUAUAUCACUUUCAGAUUCGUAACAUUCAUCUUCAUGUUUAUAUUUAUAUUUAAAUGUUGAAUUUGAUCUUUUCCCUUUUAGGUACUGCCAAAACUCAUUAGGACUAUUAUUUAUAUUACCUUCAAUAUUUUGAAUAUAUUCUCUAUAACAGUUUUUAAUAAGUUUUUUAACAUCUUUCCUAACUUCAUAAAACUUUUGUAAAUAUGUGUCAUCUUUUUUUGUUUUCUUAAAAAAUUUAUUUUUUAAUUUAAUUUUUUUAAUAUCAAUUCUUUUGAAUACCAAAAAGGAUAUUUCCUUGAUUGGCUUACCUUCUUAUGUGGUUAUUGGCUUACCUUGUUGGCUUACCUUCAUUGAUCUAGUAUAUGAUAAAGAGUAUUAUAAAAUUUAUUGACACAUAUUUCUGGAUUGUUUGAAUUUGAAUUGAUACAUUCUUGCCAAUUAGUGUUGUAUAUCAGAUAAUGCAGUUGAAACCUGUAACCUGUUCCACAAUUUCAAACUUAUUCCCGUGUUCCUGUACAUCAAAGUUGGUCCGACUAGACACCGUUAAGCUAUUAACAAAUUUUCAGCUUGCUAUUAAUAAAGUUUUUUUGGUGCGCGGGAUCCAGGCCUAUUUGGGCACUAAAAAUAUAAUAGGCCAGUCAGGAUCAGUUGUAAUAUGAUUUUUUCUACAGUAUUUUUUUUGUAUCAGUUGACAUUUAACAUUGGUGACUUAGUGUAAUAAGUUUUGAGAACAUUUUAAUAGUAGUAACUAAAUUUGAAAAAGUUUUGAGUCGGUAAAUAAGUUUUUCAUCAAAAGAAAAAUAGCUUUUGUCCAUUCAUCUAUAGAUUUGUGCGAAUAGGGAUGUACUCAAGAUAGAUACAACUCACUCCAAUUGAUUAUGCAGGGAUAUAUUCAAGGAAAAAGAAGCAUAGGAAGACAUUAAAUAUCGUGGCUGCACAACCUGAGAGAAUGGUAUGGAUGUAGAUCAAAGGUAUUUUUCAGAGUAGCCGUCUUCUAAAUUCCGAAUAGCUAUGAUGAUUGCUGACCUCCUUCGAGGAGAUGGCAUUUGAAGAAGAAUCAAGAUGAUGACAUAAGUUUAGCAUAAUUUCUUGUUUUGACAUCUCGUAGACCCAAAUAUGUUCCAUAAUAGUUUCGAUACCAAGGCAAGAGUAUAAGUUUGUGGGUUAGUUUGUCUUCAAAUGGACGUUACUACAUAUAUUUCCUUUCUUUUAUAAUUUUACUAUUACUUUUUAUACUAGAUCUCUUUUUUUUUACUCACAGAAACUAGUAUCGCAAAAUUAAGCAGCUUGUCAUAGAAACCACAACAAGUUAAACAAGGAUAAAAAUACCAUGUCCGACAUGCCAAAGGCAUGUCUUGAUACCUUGUUUAUGAAUUUUGACGUUUAUAAUUUUCAAUGACAGUGACAUUAGCGCAUUUGUUGUGUUUAUUGGAAUUUGUAACUUAUAUUGUGUUUAUUUUAUAAAGUUAUCUUGUAUUAAAUAUACUAUAACAUAGUAAAAUAAAAAUGUACAAUAUAACUUAAUAAAAUACGUCCACUGAUAAUAGCCAUUUCCUAAUUAUUAAAUUGAGAGUAUGUAUCCAUGAUACACAUCGAUUUAUGUUUCAAUUAAUGUUUUGAUUUAGCUUGUUUGAAAAUGAAUCAUGACGUUUAGGCAAAGAUAAAGUGGAACAACUAUAUUAAGACUGUCUUCCAUCUUACCAAUUUUGUGUUUGAUAUUACUGUCUCUUAAUUUUUUUUAUAAAUACGAAUCACAGAGAAUAAUAAUUGUUGAAUCACAAAAUAUCACAUGUUUUUCCCAAGCGAUAACAUUAUUGUCGGUACCUAUAAUAUUAGAAUUUUAUUAAAGUUCGUCCUCUGUAUUUUUGCUUUGAUUUUGGAAUGUAGAGGAACUAUUAAUUUCUUAUUAGCUUUGAGCAAUAAUUAGGCACUAUCGACUAAAUAAUUAAUUUUUUUUAGUAAAAUUUAUAAACUCGAGAUAAGAAAAUGGAUUGAACUAGUUAAAUAAUACCGAAAUCAGUUAUAAAAACAGUAUAAACGCGCUGUCACUUGUCAGUUACAUAACUUAAAAUCCCUAGUCAGCGAAUCUAUCAUCGUAACAUUGCUGUCUUUGUUUGAUGUAUUCCGUUGUAUGCGUUCUGAGCUUCGCUGGUGUCGCUAACUAGCGGAUUACUAAUGCAACUUUAGCCGGAAAUUUUUAAAUUUAAUAUUUUCAAUUUUUUUCUUUUAAUGUUUUUAAUUUCAAUGUUUUAAAUUAAUCACUUUGACAUUUAUGUCAAAUUUCCAGAAAACGUUCACUGACUUGUCACUACUGGCGCUCACGAACUUUUAAAUAUCCCCUCUACGUACGAGCUCACAGCGUAUACAGAUAUGGUAAUUUCAUAAUUUUAGGUUCUGUGAGUGGAAAAAUAAUCGAAUUUAAGUCAUUUUUGUGCAAAUAUAUAAAGGACCGACUAAAUUAAUAAGGGAAACUCCGCAGGUCGGCUAGUAGUUACUUUUAUUCAAAUUCAUCUAGUAAUUGAAGUAAUCUGUGAGAUAAUACUAGAUACUUACUUCCCACUCAAACAAAUUUAUCGAUGAUUUACAAGAUAAGUGACACUAUGGCAAUUUUCUGCAAACCUUAUCAAAUAUUCACACAAAAUCAUAUUAAACUUAAUAAUAUUUGGUAACGAUUGACCUGGGCAAGGUUAUGUUAAGUAGCGCCCUCCUAAAAUGCUCACAAGAGCAGAGAAAUCAGUUUAAAUUAUAAUCUUUUAUAAUAUGAGUAAAAUAAAGUGUGCAAUAAAUAUCUUCUUCAAAUUUGAAGAUAAUAUGUAUUCAAAUUUAGACCAGCAGUAAAAACUAAAAUCAACUUAAGGAAACACUCCUGUCAGACUUCAUUAGAAUACAAAGAUUGCAAUGGGCCGGACAUGUGAUAAGAAUGGGAGAGGAUAGGCUACCAAAAAGAGCACUGAAUGCUAGAAUGCAGGGGAAGAGACCGGUUGGAAAGUCAAGAAAGCGCUGGGGAGACACAGUAAACAGCGACGCACAAGCCCGUUUAGGAGUCCGUGUAUGGAGAAGAGCAGCCACAGACAAACGAGGGUGGAGGCAAAAAAUAAAGGAGGCCAAGGCUCAAUUUGGGCUGUAGUGCCGUAGAAGAAGAAGAAGUAAAAACUAAAAUAUCUAUUAUCUAUUUUUUGCUUGUCCCUUUUCUUGUAAAUCAGCAAUACAUAGGAAUAAAAAUAUUACACUCUUUAAACCUAGUUCGUAAACUUAUAAAGUGCAUAUCCUGAAAACGAAGUAUUAUUCUUUAGGUUGUAUUUAGAUAAACAACACUAUUUUAGGUAUAAAUUGGGAUGGCGAUUCGUUUUAAAAUGACUGCUCCUAUUUAAAGUGGGUGAAUUACGAGGGUGUAUCAAAUAUAAAAAAAAAACACUUUAGUUUGCGAUACUCCAUUCCGUCGAUCUCCAUAUUAUUAUUGAUAUCGAUACUAUCGAAAGAAUAUAUCGAUACCAAGAUAAUCAAUCGAUAUAUAAACGGCGUCAGCGUGUAUUGAAUACUGCGUAGUGGGAUGCGGAAGGGGGAACUGGAAGUUAGAACUAGCCAAUUGGGAUCGAAAAUAGAAAUCGGGCUCUCAAAUCUGUUUCGCUCAACUUAAACUUUUAGUAUAGGAACCGAAGCUUUUCACUUCGCAAUUUUUACAGAAUGGAUCGAUUUAGUUGAAAAUUUGAGAAUAAGUACAUAGUGGAUAGUCCAAGGAUCAAAAUCUAUAUGAUGCCGAAGGGCGCUUUUGCCAUGGGGGUAGUUGCCACCCCAUCUCGGGGGUGGAAAUUUUUUAUUGUAUUUUGACUGCAAAAGUUGAUAAAAACAUUCAUUCUAAGCAAUAAAUGUUUUAUACAUUUUUUUGAUAAAAUUAACAGUUUUCGAUUUAUUUGCUAUCGAAAGUGUUAGUUUUAUAUUGAAAAAUUAAUUAUUUUUCGAUAUUAUACUCAUUUACAAUUCACUCAAUUUUUGCCGUAGAAAAAAUUUUUCAAACCAAGUUCUUGGGAAUUAAAUAACCUACAAUUUCAUAUUUAAACAUUUUUUAGUAUCUCUGCUGCUAAUGUUUCUAUUUUGAAGAAAAUGGCAUUUUUUACCAAACUACAAAAAUUUGUUAUUCGCUCUUUUAACUCCAGUUUUUUUUAAACUAAUCAUUCUAAGCCAUUCAAUCUUCUAAAAUCUAUUAACAAUAUAUAAAUAAAGAAGAAUGAAUAAGGCUAAUGACUAAAAACACCGCUAACUUACAUUAUUAUGCUUCCAAUUAGAUUUCUCCUUUUUGUUUCAAAAAAAUAUAUUGAUUUUUUAACCCUAACUUUUUUAUUUUUUAUCUUAGAAAGUUUGGUAAAAAAUAAUUUUGUAGGUUUUUACAAGGUCUAUAAGGCUAUUAAUAUUAAAUCCUUUUAAAACCCUCAGUCGCAAAAAGAUAUACUUUGAAAGGGUUGGUAACGGUGGUUUUUGCAUGUUAUUACAAGUUUUAAUUGUCAAUAACUCACACAAUUUUUGAUGUAUUAAAAAACUUUGCAAACCAGCUUCGUGGAAAUUAAAUAAGCUAAAAUUUCAUGUUUAAACAUUUUUUCGUAUCUCUGAUGCUAAUCUUUUUAUUCUGAAGAAAAAGGCAUUUUUUACCAAACUACAAAAAUUCGUUAUUCGCUUUUAACUCCAUUUUUUUUAAAACUAAUCAUUCUAAGCCGGUCAAACUUCUAGAACUUUUUAAUAAUACAUAAAUAAAGAACACCAAAUAAGGUCAAUGACUAAUUUAAAUUAGGGUAGUGAUUAGGGGGUUGUUUCGGAUCACUUUUUCGUUAAAAAAAAAUAGGGACUGACAUUCUUUUCAUUAUGUCACUUAAUUUUUGAGUUAGAGACUUUUUUUAUUUCUGAAGAUAGAUAUUUUUUAAUACUUUAAAAAUUAGUUUUAACAAGUUAUCCUCGAAAAAUGCACAGUUUUCCCGUCUUUUGACUUUGAAACUACAAUAUUUAGUAUUUGACGAAGAAGUGCUAACAUAUAAUAAAGUAUAGCUCGAUUACUAUUGGUCUUAAAGAAAAUUAGAAAAAACAGUUUUGUUUAUUUUUUCAAAAAGUACAUUUUUGUUAAGCAAAGUUGUUUUGAUAAAACGAAAACUUUUUGAGUUAUUAGCAGAAAACUGACUAAAAACAUUGAUUUUUUUUAUAUAAAACUGACAUUUUCCAUAGCGAAUAAAUCGAAAACUAUUAAUUUUAUUAAAAAAUGUGUUGAACGUUUUUUGCUUAAAAUGAAUGUUUGUACCAACUUUUGUGGUCAAAAUGUAAUAAAAAAUUUCCACCCCUGCCCCGUGGUAACAGCGCUUUUCGGCAUCAUAUAGAUUUUGAUUCUUGAACUAUCCACUACUUAUUCUCACAUUUUCAAGUAAAUCUAUCCAUUCUGUAAAAAUUGCGAGGUUUUAUCCUAUUUUAAGCUUUAUUACUUGGACUAUUUCCCUUUCGCGCUCUCGGGGGUAUAAACAUUUCCCAUUUUUUCUAAAUUCGUUAUAUUUUUCAGAGAAAUCUUACUCGGUUUUUCACCUAUUACUUUAAAAUGAAAAAAUCGAUUAUAACCGAAAUAAAAAACAGAAAACCCGAUUAUUUCGGAGUAAAAAACCGAUUUUAUGUUAUAACCGGUAGGUUUAUCCCACCCCUAGUUUACAAGAGCAAAUUUUUAUAAAAUUAGGUGCCAUUUAUAUUUGAUAUACACUCGCUAAAUCCGACCUGGUGCCAGCAAAUAAUCAAAAAGCUUUGAUGUGUUAAAUUUUUUGUUUUCUAACAGAAAUAAAUAUUCUAAGAUAUGAUGCAAAAACAUGUUAAUGUUAUCUUUCCAAUAGCGAUUACUACUCAAAAUGUCAAGUAUAAAAUAUCAAGUGCACUGACUGACUUAAAAUUAUGGGAGUUUUGAAAAAAAUAUUUUUAUAUUAUGUGUAAGAACCCAAUUAAUGUGACUUCUUUGUAUUUUAUAAGUACAAUCUGAGAUUGAUCGGAUAUAUUUCAUUCGGUUGAUUUCUAGUAGUUUUGGUUACGUGAUUUGUGAUUUACUUUGACUACAAAUACUUAUUUAUAAUUUAGAUUGUAAGUUAUUGUAAAAUAUUAAAGAGUUAAAUGUACAUAAAAUAAAUAAUUUUUCAAUUAA